UCCGGCAGAAGGCGAAGACCAGAGAGCCAGAGUUUGAACCGAGAACAGACGGGCAACCGCAGCUCCCUCCUGUCCCUUUGGCAACCUGUUGUCGUCUCGGAAACUUUUCGCCAGGUAAUGGGCCACUAACGACACCUUUUCGAGGCUCUACUCAGCGACUUCAAAGCGAGCAGUCGAAAUCGCCGCCGCCACCCUCUCGUCAGAGCGCCAUCAUCGUUUUCAGCAUCAGCCAUGGGGAAACAGAACAGCAAGCUGCGUCCCGACGUCAUGCAGGACCUGAUGGACAACACCGACUUCACCGAGCACGAGAUCACCGAGUGGUACAAGGGCUUCCUGCGGGACUGCCCCAGUGGCGCCCUCUCCAUGGAGGAGUUCAAGAAGAUCUACGCCAACUUCUUCCCGUACGGCGACGCCUCCAAGUUUGCCGAGCACGUCUUCCGCACGUUCGACGCCAACGGGGACGGCACCAUCGAUUUCCGGGAGUUCAUCAUCGCCCUGAGCGUGACCUCGCGCGGCCGCCUGGACCAGAAGUUGAAGUGGGCGUUCAGCAUGUACGACCUGGACGGCAACGGCUACAUCAGCAAGGCCGAGAUGCUGGAGAUUGUCACGGCCAUUUACAAGAUGGUUUCCUCGGUGAUGAAGAUGCCCGAGGAUGAGUCGACGCCUGAGAAACGCACAGAUAAGAUCUUCAGGCAGAUGGACACAAAUCGAGAUGGUAAAUUGUCUCUGGAGGAGUUUGUGGAGGGGGCCAAGAACGACCCCUCCAUUGUUCGGCUGCUGCAGUGCGACCCGGGCAGCGUCGGCCAGUAGACAACCAGAACUCUUUAUUUUUUUUUCUCCCAUCUUCUUUGUUUUUUUCCACUGAAGUUUAGUUUAUCAUUCAAAAAAAUGUCAGAAAAGCUUCUCCCAGCAGUCGACCAGCACUUGAAGGACAACUCGAAGGACGUGCUGCGCAGAUGGCGGCGCUCACACGGUACAAAUGCAGGACCUCGGAGGGGGGGAAAAAAACCCCAACUGAUUCCAACAGACAGUCCAGACAUAUUUUAAUGAAGUAUGUUGGCUCCCCCUGCGGAAAUGCACUGAAUCCAUGCUAGCUCAUCCUUCCACAGACUGGAGCAUCUGGGAAAUGUAGGUUUUAAUGUUUUUAACGCACAUCUCGGAGGAAUGUUACGUCAACCCGAGCGCAGUUAAGUUCAAAAUGCAUUUUUAUUCGGUUCGUUUGGUGUCUUUUAGCGGGAAAUGGCACCGGGAAAGUGACAGACUAUGUCAUUGGAUUAUUUUGGCGUUUUGAUCAAAGGUUCCAUGUCUACGUCCGAGAUGAAAUAGGAAUAUGACAAAGCGAGGAGCUAAUGCUAACAAAUAAUAUGUGCGGUCGACCAUUUCAACAGGAUUGCGUCUGGAACUCGGGUGUUAACAUCACCCCAAACAUGAAUUUGAAAAUGACUAGCAAAAGGCUAGCAGGAAGGACAUAUUUGCCGUUUUUCAUCAUUUUCGUUAUUUGUCACGUUCGUAUAUAAUUUCCUGGUAAAAUAAAUAAAUAUCGAACACAUAUAUUUAAUUAAUUUAAUAUGAAUGAUUUUGGGCAUAAGUGUGUAUGGAUUUGUAUAGGAAGGGGAAUAUUUUUGACAACAUCCUCCUUGUUUUAAUGUGAUUUUAAGCACACAUGAAUUUCAAAUAGGUAAAUACACACACUGAAUACAUCUGCAACAAACACAAAAAGAUGUUUUAAAAAUGUAUAGUAUUCUUUUACGACGGAUGAGAUUCACUUUAAAAUUUGGAUGUGUAAAUGAUUGCAUUGUGAUGUUUUGUUUUACUUGAAAGAAGAAACGACGUUUUACAGUAUAUUCACUCGUAUUUAUGAUAGACGUGUCGAAGAGGAGAGGACCACAAGCAUUGCUGUGCAUUGACAACUUUCAAGUGUAAGUUUCCCACAAUUUUUCCUAAUUGUGUUUUGAUUUUUGCACCAAAUUUCAAACCAAACAGACGUCAAUGACGUGUUGCAUUCACUGACCCUUGUUCAUAGUCUGGUGUAAAAACACAGGACAAACCAUUUGUUUGUUGUUCCUGCAGUUGGGGGAAUGUAACUCUGGGGAAGAAGAUGUGUUUUAAAAAUACAGCAGUGAUAAUUACGGUGCCUGAUCAGGUACCUGAACCCCGCACAGCAUCUUGUGGUCAAGUGCCAAAUGUAGAAGAAAAAUUGAAAUCAUACACAGUAUUGUAUCAUUUAUACUGUACAGUUGUCGAACAAAGAAAAGAGGUUUAAAAAAACGGCUGUCACUAUCUUUUUUUUGUAGAUUUUUGUAUUGUAAACUCGCAUCAUGUGUUCUGUGUAGAAUGUCCAUUUUGUUAUUUAAAUAAAGACAAAAUGGCGAAA